CCUGUUUCCCCCGAAACGGUGGAUUGGGUUUUGACAAGUCGGGGAGUUAUGCUGCGACUGCUCCGUCGCGUCGAGGCCAGGCACGCGCUGCUGGGUGUCGCGCUGACGCAGACCUUCCUUGUCUCAGGGCUAGUGUUUGGAUGGCCGAGUCUCAGCGUCAUCUUCAAGGGCGAAGGUCAAUUCGGACAACUCUGCACCAAUUCAAGCGAGCCGUCGUCAGGCGCCAAUCCGACCAACCACUCGUCGGCAUUUCACGUUGAAUGCUCAGAGCAGGAAACACAGUUUGUGUUCAUCUUCCAGGCGGGAUUCUUUUCGCAGUUUGCGUCGCGACUGCUGAUGGGCAUCCUGCUGGAUCGCUACGGACCUCGUGUGACCGCUCUGCUCGGUGCGAGCUGCGUGAUACUCGGCUGCGUGCUGUUUGCAGUGUCGGAGAACACUGCGUCAUCAUCACCGACAGUCAAUGCUUUUAUUCCGGCGCACUUGCUGAUUGGAUUUGGCGGCCCUGGCUGCCACUUCAGCAACUUUCACCUGUCCAACCUCUUCCCGGCACGCAAAAACACCAUCAUGAGUACUCAAUCUGCCAUCUUCUCGACAUCCGGCCUUGUCUUCUACUUUUUCCAGCUUGCCUAUGAUGCGUCCGGGGUUUCUCACAAAACCUUGUUCCUCAGCUUUGCGGGAUUGCUGGUCUGCUUUUUCGGCGUCACCUACCGAAUACAACCGCGUCGGGCGUACAAGCUGGGCGACCGGGUGCGCUUCUCCGUGGCUCGAUGGGAGUUUGUGCUGAUGGAUUCGUCGCCAGCAGCCAGGACAGAUGCGACCGCCUCCGAGGUCGGCGACACAAGCGACAAGAUCCCGCUUCGUCUCCAUCGUCAAGACUCGGACGGCGAAGAGAGUUUGAGCAGUAGUCCCGAAUCCUCCUCGCCGCCUGCUAGUCCCCGGUUGUCUGCUAUUGCGUUGGAACAGCGGGAUUCGGAAGGCGGUGGGGACUCGGCUGCCCGAGGAUUGCUGGCGCUUGAGCCGCCGCCGAUGACCGACCAUCAUCAUCAAUCUCAGCCAAGCGGUGCUUUUGGUGAGAAUGCUGGUCUCGCCUUAUCAUCAUCAUUUUCAUCACCCACAGCGGAUUUGGUGAAACAGAAUGUGGCCACGCCCCUCGUCUCAGCGGAACCAACACCAAAGCUUCCGCCUCCGUUGCGCUUCCAGUACUAUCGCUCGCUGACCUUUAAGCAGCAAGCGUUUACAUUGCCGUAUAUUGCCAUUACGGUCUUUCUAUCGGUGACCGUGCUUCAGAUGCAAUUUUACCUCGGCACGUCGCGUACACAGCUCGAGGACAAGGGCGACACGGACCACGUCUACAACGGCAUUUACAACAUUCUCGGUGCCAUCAAUUUCAUCUUUAUUCCGAUUUCCGGGUACAUUUUGGACGGACACGGCGGCUACCCCGUUUCUGUGCUUGUCACCCUCGUCUGUGCCCUGCUCUUCAACGUGCUGAACGCCGUUGUGAAUCCCCUCCCCGCCCAGAUCCCGCUCUUCUUGCUAUGGUCGUUCAUGCGCUUCAUCACGUUCAGCAGCUUCUUUGGGUUUAUUCCAGACCUCUUUGGAUUUGUCAACUUUGGCAAGCUGGCGGGCUUGGCUUCGCUGAUUUCGGCGGCGUUCGGACUCCUCGCCAUUCCGCUCGCCACCAUGUGCAUCUCAACACUCGAGCGGCAAUUCUGGCAAACGCACAUUGUGUUUGCCGUCGUCAUGCUGUUGGAGAUGGUGUUGCCACUGUACUUCUGGCGCCUGUACCGACGGGACGCGGCCUUGCUUGCGCUGAGGUCUUCUGGUUGACAAUUUGUUCGUGCCCGACAACUUUUGCCUUUGAAUGGUGAUGCUUAUGCAGUAUAAAAAUCGAUAAAUUUAAACAAUGAGCA